UAACCUCUUAGGUUUGUUUUUGUUGUUUACCCARAGUUUUCCGUAUUAACCUAAAAAACGCUUGAUYSGUGUGGUGCACGUUUGGUGCUUAAAUUUAGUGAAUACUAUACUAAUCUCCGAUUCUUCCGGUGAGAGCCCCAAUUAUUCCUUGGUCGUUUCUUGCAUUGCAUGUUCUUUUCACGUCUCGCAUUAAUUGCUUGAUCCUUUCCAGACCGGUUCUGAAGACUCUUGACUACAUCACCAAAAAUGGCUUUUGUUCUGGAUGCUGUUGGGGAUCGUCCAGAUGAUGCCCCAAACAAUCAGUUGUUCUCUUUGAACAAUGAUAGUUCGACAAUUGCAAAGCCUUCCUCAGUGGAGGUGAGAAGAAAAUUGAGAGACGCAAUCUUUUCCUUCUCAGAUUCUACUGAGGGAUUAGCAGAGUACAAGAAGCGUCUCUUUGAACUGAAUGGCAACACAAGCCCGGCUCAAAGUCACGCAAACGUGCCUAAAAAACAUAAACUAGUGAAGCCUUUGAUUCCGGAGACUUCGUUCGRGAUGAAAAAAGAUGAAAAUGCGCACAGUUACAGAAUCAAAAAACAGUUACAGUCUGAGGUGCAAAAAGCGCUAAGCAAAGCGGUUGUUACGCCCGACUUUGAGCAGCUGGCAUCUAUUGUGUUAAGAAAAUUUUAUAAUCUCUAA